AUGAGAAAUUCUACAGCGUUAACAGAUUUUAUUCUUCUUGGACUGACAAACGACCCACAGUGGCAGGUUGUACUUUUCACUUUUCUUCUUGCUACCUACAUGCUCAGUGUGACUGGGAACCUGACCAUUAUCAUCCUCACCCUUUCAGAUCCCCAUCUGCAGACUCCCAUGUAUUUCUUCCUUCGGAGCUUCUCAUUCCUAGAACUAGCAUUCACAUCUGUCUGUAUUCCUAGAUUCCUUGUCACUAUUGUGACAGGAGACAGAACCAUUUCCUACAAUGGCUGUGUGGCUCAGCUAUUUUUUUUCAUCUUCUUGGGAGUUACAGAAUUUUACCUUCUGGCCACCAUGUCCUAUGAUCGCUACAUGGCCAUCUGCAAGCCUCUUCAUUACACAACCAUCAUGAGCAGCAGAGUCUGUAUUCUUCUAGUCUUUAGCUCAUGGCUUAUGGGAUUCCUGAUUAUUCCACCAAUCAUCCUUCUGCUGCAGUUAGAUUUCUGUGCUCUCAGUAUAAUUGAUCAUUUUAUCUGUGACUCUUCUCCGAUUCUGCAGCUUUCGUGCACAAACACAAGCUUUCUGGUCAUGGCAUUUUUCUUAGCCAUAGUAACCCUCAUGGUUACCUUCACAUUAGUUAUUCUCUCCUAUACAAAUAUCAUCUGCACAAUUCUGAGAAUUCCUUAUCAAGGGAAAAAGGCCUUUUCCACUUCCUCCUCCCAUAUGAUAGUUGUCUCCCUUUCUUAUGGUAGCUGCAUCUUCAUGUACAUCAAGCCUUCAGCAAGAGAGAGGGUGACUUUAAGCAAAGGAGUAGCAGUACUCAACACCUCAGUGGCUCCUCUCCUGAACCCUUUUAUAUACACGCUGAGGAAUCAGCAAGUGGAGCAAGCCUUCAAGAACAUGGUCCAGAGGAAGGUCUUGUCUUCAAAUAAAUGA